GUUCCAUUGACUUCCUUGUUCAUCUGUUGACUGGGUGUCAUGGCGGCUGACGUACAAUGGAUUGUUCGUCUGCUUGUAGGAAUUAUUGGUGGAGUUUUCCCCCUGCUGUCGGCUGAAAGUGGUGACCUGGAAAUAAUAGACAAUGUGUCGUGGGGAGAUGCAUUCCGCCAGUGUGGUGCUCGUGGUCGAAGACUCUACACUGCUACUGAUCCUGAUCCGCGACAAAAUGUCAGACCUGGUUCUUACUGGGUUGGUGCAAAAGUCCAGUAUAGUUCAUGGAUGUGGACAGAAAACAACGAGCCGUUGUUUCCUUACAUAGGACAAGUAAAUGCUUCACUAAUUGCGUCCAGCACAAAUAAAAUAUACAACAUUCCCUACGACAAUCAAGCGAGUCGCUGUUUCUACCAGUGUCGAACCAACACGCAAAAAUAUAUUGGGAUGCAGGGAAGCCGAUGUUAUUGCUUUAAAACUUUAGACGGAUUGUCUGUUGAGGCGGACAGUGAAACUGGCCAAGAUGGGUGUUGGGGUAACUUCAGAGAGUAUUGUGGUAGUAAUGAAACAGUUAGCAUUUAUCAUACAGAGUUGUUUACAUCUUAUGUUAUAUGGAAGUUGAAUCGUAUGGGCAGUUGUGGAUACAUCGUUUACAAAAGCUCAUCCAUCAUUGUCAAAUCUGACACAGACUGCACUAAGACGAAAGGACGUGUUUGUAAUUGUAAGUAA